GCGGAGCGGGCGCGCGCGCGGGAUGUGGGCGCUGGGGCCGCGGGCGCUGCGGGCCGGGCUGGCGCUGCUGGGCCUGGCGCUGCUGGCCCAGGGGCUGCGGAGCUGGGUCGCCUCCCGCCCCUUCGAGUUCCGGCCCGAGGAGAUCGCGGAGCUCGGCCGGCACCACGCGGGCUUGGACCAUGAGCAGGCCUUCUCCAAGAUCAUCGUGGAGCUGCGGAAGAAGCACCCAGGCCACAUCCUGCCGGACGAGGACCUGCAGUGGGUGUUUGUCAACGCGGGUGGGUGGAUGGGCUCCAUGUGCCUGCUCCAUGCCUCGCUCACCGAGUACGUGCUGCUCUUCGGGACGGCCGUCGACACCGGGGGGCACUCGGGUCGGUACUGGGCUGACAUCUCUGACACCAUCAUCUCGGGGACCUUCAGGCAGUGGAAGGAGGGGACGACCAGAAGUGAAAUCUAUUACCCAGGGGACACCAUAGUGCACCAAUCCGGAGAGGCCACGGCUGUCCAGUGGAGCGCCGGCACCUGGAUGGUGGAGUACGGCCGUGGCUUCAUCCCCUCCACCCUCAUGUUCGCCUUGGCCGACACCAUCUUCAGCACUCAGGACUUCGGCACCCUCUUCUGCACCCUCCGGGUUUAUGCCAGAGCCUUACUCCUGGAAGCAGGUGCCUACUUCAGCCACCUGGUCCAGUGAGCCCACCCUCCCCACGCACCAGCAUGGCCUCAGGACGGGGCGCCCUUUUCCCAUCCCCCCCACCAUCAUGCAGAUUGUACCAGCAAGGCAGUGGGCAAGAGCACCUCUGCCCCUUUCGCCACACAGGCGUGCCAGGGUAGGCUGACCGGUAGCUGUGUCGUCCGCCUGCCGCACCGAGCACUCAGCCGGGGGAGAACAGGCAAUAACAUAAUGGAUAAAUCUAGAUCACUAUUUUUUUAAUAUCCAAAUGUUCCUCUAUAUUUCUGUAACGAGACUGCAGCAGCUGUUGAGCUGCCACCCACGUCUGUGUGUGUCCUUGCCCUCUCUCUGCAGCUGUCUCUCAUGCUCUCUCAAAAUGGCAAAUUAAAUUAAUAUGGAUAAAUGUAAAGUAAUGCACAUUGGAAAAAAUAACCCCAACUAUACAUACAAUACGACGGAGGCUAAUUUAGCUACAACUAAUC